AUGCUUCGCAACAUUAUUCGUAGUCGUACCACUGUUGGUUCAACCCUGAAUAUUUUGAAGCCUACCAUCACAAAAUGUGCAGCAACCAAGCUCGCUUACAGCAGUAAGCAGUUCUCAACUACUAGAACAUGGUUCCAAGAGUCUAAAAAGGUCGAAGAUGCGGCAUCUGCUGAACCUGUUACCCAAAAGAAAAAAAAGCCUUUAAGCAGGAUACCUAUUGGUGGUACUGAAACUCAUUCUCAAAAAAUGGAUUCGAAUUCGUCUAUUGAAUUUAGUACUUGGAAGGCCGCUGCGUUAUUCAUAGUUAUUGGGGGUUCAAUAUAUUUCUACUUCAAGAAUGAAAAGGAAAGAUUGGAGACCGAAAAGGAAGCAGAGGCUAAUAGAGGUUAUGGGAAACCGUUGGUUGGUGGUCCAUUUAGCUUGAUCGACUUUAAUGGGAAACCCUUUACAGAAAAGGAUCUAUUAGGUAAGUUCUCUAUCAUCUACUUUGGCUUUAGUCACUGCCCUGAUAUCUGUCCUGAUGAGUUAGACAAGUUGGGAGUGUGGUUAGAUAAUUUGAAGAAGAAGGACAUCCAUUUACAGCCAAUCUUCAUCACAUGUGACCCAGCCAGAGAUCCACCAGAGGUAUUAAAGGAAUAUUUAAGUGAAUUUCAUCCAGAUAUUAUUGGUUUAACUGGUGAUUAUGAUUCUAUUAAGAGCGCUUGUAAAAAGUACAGAGUGUACUUCUCCACUCCACCUAAUGUUAAACCUGGUCAAGAUUAUUUGGUUGACCACUCUAUCUUCUUCUACUUAAUGGAUCCAGAAGGACAGUUCAUUGAAGCUUUGGGUAGAAACUACGAUGAACAAACCGGUGUUGAGAAGAUUGUAGAACAUGUAUCUGCUUACGUUCCUAAGGAAGAACGUGAAAAAAGGAAAGAUAAGUGGUACUCUUUCUUAUUUUAA